AUGGCAACACUCCUUAACAUUUGUGUAUUGUUCAUCGUAGUUUCAUUCCACAUUUCAAGUGCAUCUAAUUUGGCGCCAUCACCACUUGCAAUGUACGAAACCUAUUUGAGCCGCUGUUCACAAAAAGUAGCGCAAGACUGUCGCGACGAAAUUCAUUCGAGUGUAGUUUAUGGCAAUCAAACAGUUACUGUAAAGUGUUGUUCUAACCUUGUAAAUGUUGUGGGAAAGCAGUGUUAUGACGACAUGUCCAAAUAUGUUGCCACACUUCCAGAUCUCAAGCCCAAACAGGACGAAAUUCUGCAGAGGAGCAGAAAUGUUUGGAAUGCUUGUGCUACACACUAG